AUGGCGGGGGCGCUGCGGGGGGCGCUGCGGGCGGGCGGGGCUCUGCGCGCCGCCGCCGCUCGCCCCAUGGCGGCUUCCGGCCACACAGCGGCUCGGGACGCAGCCGCCGCCACCGCCGGCAUCAUCAUCAUCGGCGAUGAGAUCCUCAAGGGCCACACGCAGGACACGAACUCCUUCUUCAUGUGCCGGCGGCUGCGUGCGCUGGGCGUGCGGGUGGCCCGGAUCUCGGUGGUCCCUGACGAGGUGGAGGCCAUCGCCAGCGAGGUGGCCUCCUUCGCCGCCCGCUUCACCUACGUGCUGACCUCGGGGGGCAUCGGCCCGACCCACGACGACGUGACCUUCGAGGCCGUCGCCAAAGCCUUUGGGGAGAGGGUCGCCCCCCACCCCGAGCUGGUGGCCCUGGUGCACAAGUUCUUCGGCAGGAGGGACGAGCAGUGCCCCGAGAUGAAGCUGGCUCGUGUGCCCGCGUCCUCCCGCCUCAACUACGGCACCGACGGGCGCACGGGCAGCGCCUUCAAGUACCCGCUGGUCAGCGUCCGCAACGUCUACAUCUUCCCCGGCAUCCCGGCGCUGAUGGAGCGCGCCCUGGACGGCCUUGCCCACGUCUUUCGCAACGAGGGGACUCGCUUCCACUCCCGCACCAUCUACGUGGCAGCCGACGAGAUCCUCAUUGCUCCUGCCUUGGACCAGGCCGACGCCGCUUUCCAGGGCCGUGUCAGCUUGGGCUCUUACCCGGACUGGGCCAACAACUACUACCGGGUGAAGCUGACCCUGGACUCGGAGUCGGAGGGGGACCUGGAGGAAGCUCAUCGCUUCCUGAUGGAGAAGCUGCCCGCGGGCGUGGUGGUGCCCUUGGUGACAGACUGCAUCGCGCUGGCGGCCACGGAGGUGUACAGCCUGGCUGAGUCAGGCUCGGCCCUGGGGCAGAAGGUGGCAGCAGCGCUGAGAACCAUCGAGGAGGCUUUGGAUCGCUACAGCCUGGCCCAGCUCUGUGUGGGCUUCAAUGGGGGCAAGGACUGCACGGCCCUGCUGCACCUCGUCCAUGCUGCUGUGGAGAGGCGCUACCCAGCGAGGCAGGAGAAGCUGCAAGUGCUCUACAUCCGCAUCACCUCCCCCUUCCCUGAAAUGGAGCAGUUCAUCCAGGCGACUGUCCAGAGGUACAAGAUCCAGCUCUGCACGGUGGAAGGCUCCAUCCGGGAGGCCCUGGCCCGCCUGAAGGAGCAGCAGCCCCAGCUGGAGGCUGUCCUGAUGGGGACACGGAGGACAGACCCCUACUCACGCACCCUGGCACCCAUGUGCCCCACAGACCCCGACUGGCCCCAGUACAUGAGGGUGAACCCCUUGCUGGACUGGACCUACCGAGACAUCUGGGAGUUUCUGCGCAAGCUCUUUGUGCCCUACUGCGUUCUCUAUGACAAGGGCUACACCUCCCUGGGGAGCAUGAGCAACACGCUGAAGAACCCAGCGCUGCGCUUCACCGACGAGCGGGGCCGGGACACCUACCGGCCUGCCUACGAGCUGCAGAACGAGGAGGAGGAGCGCACCUCCCGCCGGUGAAGGCCCUCCGGGGGCCGGGGCGGGGGGGGCUCUGCGGUGCCA